AUGGACCUUCACCACGCCUUAGAAGCGAGGUUAGUACCGCCCCUUCCCCAUUCACAGAUAAAAAACGGAAGCCUAAGCCGCGUCCGAGACCUUAGGAUGGCGAGCAGUGUAGGGAGGCUCGGUGCGAGCCCUGGGAUCGGUACGGUGCGGCCCCGGGCCUCAGUGUCUCGUACCUGUGAGGUCCACACCCUCCCGGACGCCGGGGUCCGCCUUCCCGAACUUGCCCCGAGACCUCCCGCACCCCUCUCCCGGAUCGGCUCCGGGAAAACGCCCCGGACGCCGCCGCCGCACUCCCUCCAGCCGCCUCCGAGCAGCCUGCGGAGCUCGGGUGCGCCGGGAGCCACAGACUCGCCGCUCUCCGCGACACUGCCGUGUUGGAGCGCUCAGUUUCUCUGCCUGCGGCCGCGGGCGACACCAACCAAUCAGCGUCAAGCCACUGGGGAUCGCAGCCAAUUGGAAGACAUCAAGCUCUUAGGGAAGGCGGGCCGAACCUUCCUGGCGUGUCCGGGGAACCCACCCGAGGGCCUCGGAAAGCAAGCAGCAGAAGUUGGCCCGAGCAGUGUGUGUUUGCUUGGAUUGGCUGGCGCGGCGGCGUGUGGAGCGCUGAUUGGUCGCCGGGAAAUGGACCGAUUCCACGAAUUUGUCUAAGAAAAUACUGAAGAAUGGGUACCAAGAUUCCAAGUUCAUCUUUACCCCAGUACUGUUUUUCAUAGCACAAAAGAUAGAAACACCUUGCAAGUCCAAGAAUGUGGGAUUGAAUUUCUGUUUGCGAGCAAGAUGGAGUAAUGAAAGACAUACAAGAUACGUUCUCUGACCACAGUGGAUCUAAAUUAGAAAUCAGUAACAAAUUUAUCUGGACAAACCCCAAAUAUCUGGAAAUUAAAUUACAUACUUUUAAAUGACCCAUAGGUCAAAAAACAAAAUUGAAAGGGAAAUUAAGAAAAGUUUUAACUGAAUAAAAAUGACAACAUAGCGUAUGAAAUUUAUGGUGUAAGCUAAAGCAGUAAUUAGAAGGAAUGCUUUUUGCUCUAAACACCUACAUUAAAAACAGAUCUCUACUCAAUGACAUUAGCUUCCACCUUAAGAAACAAGAAAAGUUUCAAAUUCCUCUAAAGAAACAAACCACCAGAUUUAUUCAAGAAGAAAUAGAUAAUGCCAAGAGCCCUAUAUCUAUUAAUGACAUUGAAUUUGGAGUUUUAACCCUUCUCACAAGGAAAAUUCCAUUGUCAGACGCCCUCACUGGUAAAUCCUACCAAACAUUUAAGAAGAAAUAAUAUUUCAACACAAAUUCUUCCAGAAAAUUGAAGACUUCCUAUCUCAUUCUACAAGGCCAACAUUACUCUGAUACUAAAACCAGAAACAGAUAUAAGAAAAGUACAUAACACUCUCUCUCUUGAACAAAUAAACAACACCUUCUUACCAAAUUUUAACAAACCAAAUCUAACACUAUAUUAAAAGGAUAAUACAUCAUGACUGAGUGGGGUUUAUCUCAGGAAUGCAAAGUUACUUUAAUACUCAAAAACCAGUCACUGGAAUUCACUGUAUUAAUGGACUGAAAAACGAUGCCAUCAUAUUAAUAGAUGAAGAAAAAGCAUUUGACAAAUACCCAACAUGCAAUCCUAAAAAAACACUGAGCAAACUUGGAAUAGAAGGAAUAUCCUCAACCCAAUGAAGGGCAACUCCCGAUCCGGCACUGAACAUCUUCCUUAAUGAUGAGUCACGAAAUUCUUUCCCCUAAUGGGAGGAACAGGCCAGGAGGACGGCUCUCACUGCCUCUCUUCAACAUUGUACUGGAGGGUUUUGCAGAUCCAUCCAAGCAAGAAAGAAAAAUAAAAGACACCCAGACUGGAGAUGAAGAAGUAAAGUUGUCUUUAUUCACAGAUGGCAAGAUCAUCUAUAUAGAAAAUCCUAUAGAAUCUAUAUAACUAUGUGUUUGCUAGAGCUAGCAAGUCAGGUUAGCAAGGGUGGAGGAUGUGAGAUCAAUAUACUAGCAAUAAACAAUUGGCAAAUGAGAUUAAAAUUAUAAUUCCAUUUGUGACAGCAUAAAAAUAUAAAUUUCCUGGAGGUAAAUAUGAAGAAAAAAAUGUGUAUGGCCUGGUACACAGCAACUGCAAAAUAUACUGGAAAAAGUAAGAAACUAAAUAGCGAUAAAUGCCAUGUUUGUGUGUAAACAUGGAUAAAAUAUCAACUCUCCCCAGUUUGAUCUAUAGAUGUAACACAAUCCCAGCAGGUUUAUUUGUAGACAUUAACAACUAAUUCUGAAAAGCAUGUGGAAAUGCAGAGCACACAGAAAAGCCAAAACAAUUCUGAAAAACAACCAAGUUGACCAACUUAUCACCUGAGUUUGUCUUAGUAUAAAGUUACAUUGAUCAAGAUUGUGAUAUCAGAAUUAAGAAAUAUAAAUAGAUCAAUAGAACAGAAUAGGGUCUAGCAGUAUAACCACAUAUAUAUGGUUAAUUGAUUUUCAACAAAGAUGCAAAGGCAUUUCAAAAAACAUGAGAUUAAUCAGGUAAAUUCUUUGGUAAAGGGUGCAGCCAUUAAAUUUUGCUGUAAAAAUAUAUGUGUUGAUAUAGCAAGGUAUUCAUGAUAUAUCAAGAGAAAACUUCAGGGUCAAAAACAAUUUAUAAGUUAUUCUGUUUUUGAAUGGGAUCUAUGUUUUUUUCAAAGGGAUACACAUACAUAUACUUACAGACAAACAUAUGCAAUAAAAAUGAUUAUUAAUAGUAGGAGCCUGGAAUUACUUAUAAUUUAAAUUUUGCUUUUAAUGUCUAUGCUUUUAUUUAUUUAUAAUAGACAUAUACUGUA